ACGCGACUCGCUCCGCGCGGAGGCGGUGACACUGCCCCCGAUAUCCAGUCUAGACGUCGGGCGGCGCGGCAGCAUGGACGACUCGACGGCUGUGCUGAAGCGACUGCGCUCGGAUGACGACGACACCCUGCAGCGUUCUGCAAGAGAGCCACCGCUGCCACUGCCCCCGCGGCGGCAGAGCAUUCCUGAUGCGCUGCACUCUCAUCGCUCAUCGGACGGCUUCAUGCCCCACGGUGGGCUCGCGCCCCUUGCGUCAUCGCGCGCGAGCUCGAGCUCGACCCUGUCUCCUCCGCUAUCGUCGUCAUCGCACGGCAGCCCCCUGACGCCCGCUGCGUCCUCUGCAAGCUAUUUGUCGCCGAUGCCUCCGAGCUGGGAGCGAUACGCAAUGCCCCCGCCACCCUCGCCCUCUCGCAAUGUCGCGUACACGCGUGACGUGGCGGACUACGAGCGGAGCCAUGAGCGUGCUUAUUACAAUACAGCUCAGAGCGAGUCCGACCGCGAAUCCGAAAAGCGCACCUGGAGACCAUGGUGAUACACUGUCUCACGCAUGAUCCAAUGCUGCCCCCUCUCGCUCUGCCUCUUUGCAUGUUAGUAGUGUAUUAUUGCUUUCCGACCAUAAUCGUACGUGUCAGGUAGUACCCCCUGUAGUGGUUCCUCUCGCCUGGUGUAGAAGAACUGCAUAUGGCUGUCUAAUCAACCAGCACCCCUGUAAUAUAUUCAUUCCUGUGU